AAUAAAGUUGUCGCGAUUUGGGCUCCCUGUGCUUUCCCACAAUCCACGUGCAAACAGAAAAACAAAAUGGCGGCGAACAUGGAGUCUGCCAUUGAAGACGACAAAACUACCUUCAAAUCCCUGGGAGUUGUGGAUGCACUUUGUGAAGCUUGCAAGCAACUUGGAUGGAAGACGCCGUCGAAGAUUCAACGCGAGGCGAUUCCCGUUGCUCUACAAGGCAAAGAUGUCAUUGGUUUGGCUGAGACGGGGUCUGGUAAAACUGGUGCUUUUGCAUUGCCGAUCCUACAGGCACUACUGGACAACCCCCAGCGCCUGUUCGCCCUGAUUCUUACACCCACCCGUGAGCUUGCAUUCCAGAUAUCUGAGCAGUGUGAGGCUCUGGGCUCUGGUAUAGGAGUUAAGUGUGCCGUUAUUGUUGGAGGCAUAGACAUGAUGUCUCAAGCCUUGAUGCUCGCCAAAAAGCCCCAUAUUAUCAUUGCCACUCCUGGGCGACUGAUCGACCACCUUGAGAAUACAAAAGGCUUUAGUCUACGAACUCUUAAAUAUCUGGUAAUGGAUGAGGCGGACAGAAUUUUAAAUAUGGAUUUUGAGAAAGAGGUAGACAAACUACUCAAAGUGAUCCCAAAGGAACGGAGAACAUUCUUGUUUUCUGCAACAAUGACUAAAAAGGUUCAAAAGCUCCAGAGGGCAUCUCUCCAGGCACCCGUCAAAGUAGAGGUUGCAACAAAAUAUCAAACAGUAGAAAAACUACAGCAAAGUUAUCUGUUCAUUCCCUCAAAAUUCAAGGACUGUUACUUGGUUUAUGUACUCAAUGAGCUUGCAGGGAAUUCCUUUAUGGUCUUCUGUGGUACCUGCAACAAUGUUCAAAGAGUAACCCUGAUGUUGCGUAAUUUGGGACUCGAUGCUGUUCCACUUCAUGGACAAAUGAGUCAGUCCAAGCGACUUGGUGCAUUGAAUAAGUUCAAAAGCAAAAGCAGGUCUAUUCUGGUUGCGACGGAUGUUGCUAGCCGUGGUCUUGACAUACCCCAUGUUGAUGUUGUCAUUAAUUUUGAUAUUCCUACACACUCAAAGGAUUACAUCCACCGUGUUGGCCGAACAGCGCGUGCAGGGCGGUCAGGGCGGUCAGUCACGUUUGUUACACAGUAUGAUGUGGAGUUGUACCAGAGAAUCGAACACUUGAUCGCGAAAAAGCUGCCUCAGUACCCGACAGUGGAGGAGGAGGUGAUGCUACUGAUGGAGCGCGUCACGGAGGCACAGAGAUACGCGCGAAUGGAACUGCGUGAGAUAAACGAUAAGAAAAAGCGUGCCCCCGAAGACGACCUAGAUGAGCAAGAAGUGAAGAUACCACCACCAGCCAAGAGGAAAAAGGGCAUAAAAGAGGGAGGCAAGAAGAAACGGAAAAAGUAAUCUUGGCCACAAUGUAAACACAGAUGGCGAGAUAUAUAAUGUCAUGGUGGUCGCAAAGAACGCACAAAGACAUGGAAGUUGUCGUGAGUAAAUUCAGUGGCGGAUUUAUCUUGUGGGUUCUAUAUAACCUUCAUAGCCGAAUUCUUUUCAACUGGGGAUAGCGCAUAGUCAGUCAUACCACCUUAGCCAAGCAAUUUCUUUGCUUUUUGUAGUCAAAUGGUUUAUGGCGCCACAAAAAAAAAAAAAACAACAACAACAUGAAAGCCAUCGAUUGGUUUAGACGCUUGAUUGACUACGCGCUAUUCCCAAACGAGACAAGGAUUUUGGAUUUGCCGAGAUGGCAGCAACAAAGAAUUUGGCGAUAAUCUUUGGAUCCGCCAUUGGAUAUGGCGAGGAAGAUGUGAGGGGAAUCGAAAGGGGUUCUAUCUAAGAGACAGUGAUGACUACAAGAAACGCAAUUAAACGCGAGAACAGUAAACGUGACAAAGUGGUUUAUGUACGGUGUAUUAAAAAUAUGAUUAAAUA